UAUCAGGAAAGAGAAAACCGCUAUAUAGCCAAGCUGCUUAGGAGAAGACGAGCAACAUUGUAGCGACUGUAGUAUUUUUAUAAUAAUGUAAAGCGUCGGGGCGGUAUAGUAUAAACUCGUUUUGAAGAUGAAAGUGCGAUAGCUAGUGUGUAUUUGUUGUUAAGAGCAGAAAUGGAGAAGCAGUCGCGUCUGUUGUGUUCUGAGCUGUGUGUUCAGCGCAGACUGUAUGAGGUCACAUUAAACUGCGCGAUUCUCGCGUGGAAAGACAUACAAAUCGCCAAAAAACACACCGGACGCGCCAUAUAUGGAGCCGUCAAAGCGGGUAGUUAUUGUGUCCCGGUGUGUGAGAUUAUAGCCGUUCAGGAAAAAGAAGAUGACUCUCCGUGUGAAAACACUGGGAAAUGGCAGAAGGUUCCUCAGAGCCCAGCGGACUCCUGCCAGCAUGCUUUCACAGUGUUCUAUGUAGAGAGGACGAGGCAGCACUGCUGGUGGUGCAGCAACGUGACUUUCCACUGCUCUGAACAUUCCCUGUGUCUGCUCUGGGUCCAAACUAUUAGGGAACAACUUGCAUUGCUGAGUGCCCAAUCGACCGAAGAGUUUGCUAGUGUACAUCAACCCCUACGGAGGAAAACAACAUGGGAAGCAGAUUUACGACCACAAAGUGGCCCCCAUCUUUUCCCGGGCUUCCAUUUCCACCGACGUGAUUGGUCCCAUUCAUUUUCAGCACAUCCCUCCGAGUUACAGCUUUACAUCAGUGCUGAUGGUAAAGAACCGGUAAUGAAAUGUACCGGGGAUUGUUUUUCACCGCGACUUCAGCUUCAUCAUUUGAUGUGGCUGAUUGAUGGUCUCCAUCAAGCCAGCAGAAAAAUGCAAUUUAACUGCCAGAUGAACAUAAUGAUGUUUCUCCCCUCUGCCCAGCCUCGCUGUCAUUGUCCCGUUAACAAUGGCUUUUUCUCUGUUGUUUCUAUAGUUACAGAGCGUGCAAAUCAUGCCAGGGACCACUUGAAGACAGAGGCUGAUCUGAAGAAGUAUGAUGGUGUGGUGUGUGUCGGAGGUGAUGGCAUGUUCAGCGAGAUCAUGCAUGGCCUCGUCUCCCAUACGCAGCAAGAAGCAGGUGUGGAUGAGAACUCUAUGGAGGAGACCCUUAUGCCGUGUGGACUUCGCAUUGGCAUAAUUCCUGCAGGUUCGACUGACUGUAUAUGCUACGCCACGGUUGGCUCAAAUGACCCUGUCACUUCAGCACUGCACAUCAUUGUGGGUGAUUCUCAGCCAAUGGACGUCUGCUCGGUGCACAAUGAAGACCGCUUCCUGCGCUACUCUGUGUCACUACUGGGUUACGGGUUCUACGGAGAUGUGCUGACAGACAGCGAGAGGAAGCGCUGGAUGGGCCCGGCCCGUUACGAUAUCUCAGGUGUUAAAACUUUUCUGUCACAUCGCUACUAUGAGGGAACUGUGUCCUUCUUACCUGCUGAAGGGAACUUGGGAACUCCCAGAGACAAAAUGCAGUGCCGAACUGGGUGUAGUGUCUGUCGGCAAUCCUCUUCUGACAAACUGGUCAGCAAAAAUGAAGACAGCGUUUCUGAUGCUGAGUGUCAGGAUACGUGGACGGUCAUCAGGGGAAAGUUCUUGGCCAUCAAUGCUGCCAGCAUGAGUUGUGCGUGUCCUCGCAGUCCUAAAGGCCUGUCGCCGUCAGCGCACUUAGCAGAUGGUACUACUGACCUCAUCCUCGUCAGGAAGUGCUCCCGACUCGACUUCCUGCGCCACCUGCUGCGCCACACCAAUAAGGACGACCAGUUUGAUCACUCUUUUGUGGAGGUGUACCGGGUCAAGCAGUUCCGAUUCACCCCCAGAUAUCAGGAGUGUGAUUCUGAAGUGGACCUAAGAGAAAGCGGAGCGACAGGCAAGCGAUUCCUUAGUCAGAUCUGCAGGGAGCACAGAGCCUGUGGCUGCAUGCCUUCCCAGAGCAACUGGAACUGUGAUGGAGAGAUCCUCCCACACACUGCCAUUCAAGUCCGGGUCCACUGCCAGUUGAUCAAGCUGUUUGCGAGAGGCGUCGAAGAGCAGCCUGUGUUUGAGGACCCGUACGCUCACUGUGCAAUAUAGAUCUCCACUCCACUUAAAAAACCUCCAGCUGGAUCAUUACGGAUUGAGAUUCUUUGAAUGGAAGAGUCACCUUCAACUCAGCACAAUGUCAUGCUGUUUCUUAUGCUGUUUUACCCAGAUAAUCCUCAUGAAGAUGCAUUGAAAACACACAGAGCUGGAGUCAACAGCAUUUAUAUAGGCUGUAUUAGAUUUGUGUAAGAUAGGAUAGGCAUUAGCAUUGCCGAUUUUUUUAAUUUCAACCCAUGAAGUCCUUGAAGUUGCUGGUGAUAUCUCUUGCUGUAUGCCACAGCUUCCAGUUGUCAGCAUUUGUCUUCCACCAUGAUCAAGCUGGUCUUGAGAGUAGCGUUAAUUAAAUCCCAAAGUCAAAUUCCUGGAACUGUGAAAACUCUGAUCACCCCUGUAUACUAAGGACCAUGGAAAAGAUGUCCUCAUAUGCGACCAGGCAAUUCAGAUGUCACGAGAACCUCUGCUGUUUAUUCUAUUAUAUCUAUUCUACUAUUGUUGGUAGCCUACUUCAGACCUAAUCAAUCCCAGUACAUGCUGUGUACGCACAUGAUGUUCCACCAACUUUCCCUACUGAUCCAAAGAUACCAUUCACAACCCAUUUUAAUUACUUGAAUGUGGCCACGGUUUUCACCUUUGUGCUGCCCUGGCAGCGGCUGUUCAUUUACGGCUCAUGACAGGUGACAGUAUAAUGUACUACAAUGGUUGUCCAGUACUGUUUGUGUGUUUUCAGCUUAAGUUAAACCGAGUGCUCUCAGUAGGGUGUCACCUUAUGCAGUCAAGCACUUGUCAAGACUCAGUAAUGACUGAUAAUGAAGUCAUCUUGCAGGACUCGAGAUGAUGUGUAAGACCUGACGUUUAUUUUGAUGUGCUGAAUGAAAUGCAAAGCAAAUCCAUGAAUAAAGUUUAUUGA